CGGCGGUGCGGGGCGGAGUGCGCCUGCGCGGAGCCGGCCGUCCGGCGGGGCUGCAGCCGCACAGUGGCUGGCGGUUGCUGUGGGGACCGCGGUCCCCUCCCUCCUCCGUUCCUGCCCUACGCCGUUCCCCACCGAGAAGCGGCGGACCACCCCGGCCCUCCCCUCCCGCCGCCCCGCCUGGAGGUGCAGCUGUGACCCGCGAGAGGCGGUGCCGCUCCCAAGAUGUCGCAGACGGCCAUGUCCGAGACCUACGAUUUUUUGUUUAAGUUCUUGGUUAUUGGAAAUGCAGGAACCGGCAAGUCUUGCUUACUUCACCAGUUCAUUGAAAAAAAAUUCAAAGAUGACUCAAAUCAUACCAUAGGAGUGGAGUUCGGUUCCAAGAUAAUAAACGUCGGUGGUAAAUACGUAAAGUUACAGAUAUGGGACACAGCAGGCCAAGAACGAUUCAGGUCUGUGACCCGGAGUUACUACAGAGGUGCCGCCGGGGCUCUCCUCGUUUAUGACAUCACCAGCCGCGAAACCUACAAUGCGCUUACUAAUUGGUUAACAGAUGCCAGAAUGCUAGCAAGCCAGAACAUCGUCAUCAUCCUCUGUGGGAACAAGAAGGACCUGGACGCAGAUCGCGAGGUCACUUUCUUAGAAGCCUCCAGAUUCGCUCAAGAAAACGAACUGAUGUUUUUGGAAACAAGUGCACUAACGGGGGAGAAUGUAGAAGAGGCCUUUGUACAGUGUGCAAGAAAAAUACUUAACAAAAUUGAAUCAGGUGAGCUGGACCCAGAGAGAAUGGGCUCCGGCAUUCAGUACGGAGAUGCUGCCCUGAGACAGCUGCGGUCGCCGCGCCGAGCACAGGCCCCGAGCGCACAGGAGUGUGGCUGUUAGAGCAGCCGGGGAGCGCAGAGGUGAUCAUACAGUGGUGUUUGGGACCCAGUUUUCGGAGGUCGAAGAAGUUUUUUACCACCACCUUUUUCUACUUUAUACAGAAGUAGAUCUCUGUCCGGGGGCGGGAGGGGGGAGGUUUGGGUGUUAUGUGUAAGCUAGUGAGUGUGGCUCAGCAGAUCACGUGGUGACACUCCUUCAGUGGACCGCACCGUGGGAUGUCUACACGUGUGUAAACAUGUUCCGUUCCAGUGUCCUUUCGCCUCCGGUUCAGACCCUGGCCCACACUGUAUACACUCCAGCCCUGCGACUCUGCAGCUUGGUGUCUGACCUCGUGGAAGGUCACACGAAAUGCAGUCCCGUGUUUUAUUUCCGCUAAUCAUGCGACCUGAGAUCUGUUGGCCCAGGCGUGCGGUCCUCAGGCUGGUUAAGUCGUUCCCACUCUGGCGUCACUGGCCAGCACGGUGCUCGCUCGGUUCUGUGCACGGUCCACGGGGUGUGUGUGUGACCCCACCGACACACUACACAGUCGUUGCUCACGUAGCAAAACAAAAUCUAAAGUGUUCUCCUGUGAACUUGACCCUGUCCAGCAAUCUGCUGAUGUCCAAGCACCUGCAUCAGGAUCACAUCAGUAAGCGCAGCCGGCAGCUGCUGCCCCAGGCGCCGUGACCAGCCCCGCGGACUCGGCACCAUCCUCCACGCUCGCCAGGCCGCCGGCCCGCGGGUCCCUAUCGGCGCACGUGAUGACAGACCCGUCACCUGGCUGCACUCCCGGUCUGGUCUUCCUGCUAGAAAACCCUCGGUUUGCUCCUGUGCUUUUUCUGGGGUCACUGCCUCUUUUGUAAGCCUUUUAUUGUUUCGUGUUCCUCUGAAGGAAGCCCACUAAAUCAAGUUAACAGUAAAGGGAUACCACUAAGAAAUUCUGUAUAGCUUUUGCUGAAUACGUAAAUGCCUUAGGACAGUUAUCAAGUCAACACAUUGUUAAUUCACGUGAGGUUUAUUGAAGUAUAGUAUGUAUUGUAUUGCAAAGACUUGUUCUAAUAUUUUAAAGUGUCAAUGCAAAAAAUAUAUAAUACAACUUCUCUGUAAAAUUGAAAUACAGCAUUAUUUAAGGCUGAAAAGUUAACAAGUAUGCUUCACCUCAGAUGCGUUCUUCCACUUGACUCUUUAGCUGCAGGCCGACUGGUAAGUUUCAUUUUCCCAUCAGCAGCAGGCGGCACUACCAGCGCCAGGAAGUGACGUGGAUAAACUAUCAGUAUGUAUCUGUUUUAGAUAUUUUAAUUCUGCUUUUAAAAAGCCUUGAGUAUUUUACUUUGAAAAGUCAGAAUAUGGAGCAAAUCCUCAGACGGAACCACUCCUCGGACCUCUCUGGACGAACGAACGAUUCAUUCCGUGUCCCGUUUAUGACGGUUUUGCAAGCUGCUCUUUGAACAGCUUCCUGCAUGGGCGAAGAGCAUGUCCAUUCCACCACAUCAGUUUACUCAUACGCAGAAGUUUUUUAAAUAACAUGAAUGUUCAGUUGACUUAUAAAUGAGCCUGUUAAUUAAACCAUAGAUAACCGCACAGGAAUUCCACAUCCUUUGACCAAUAAAAGUUGCUGGAGAACCAAA